GCGGACCUGGAAAAGUCAGUUGCAAAAACAAUUCGAAAACAGAAGGAAUUUCGAUGCAUCGCUUCCCUAGGCGAUAGUUCUGUCCGAGCAAAAUGGGCUUGUAUUGUCGAAAGACAUCGUCCGCAAUGGCAGCCAUCAAGCACUUCGGUGCAUUGCUCAGCACGUUUCAAGGUCACAGAUUUUGAACAACGGCUUGAUUUUAAUCCACAAGAACCGGAAAAAUUCACGACUAAGAGAUGGCUGAAGAAAGGCGCGAUACCUAGUCUAGAUUGCGUUGUUUCAGGGCCACAA